AUAUCAAAAACGUUACUUUUUUAAACGAUCGGUGUUACGGAAAAUGAAACACAAAGUUCUAUAAAAUGCUGUCAUAAACAAAAUAAAGAUUAAAGCAAAAAUAUAAAUUUACUUAUUACUUUCAAUAUCAUUAGGAGAAAAAUAUGUAAUUUUCACAAUACUGAAAGAGUUUUCAACUGAGACUAUUGUGAAUUUGUAUUUAGUGAAUUAAAAAAUAAAUAAUAAAAAUGCAACGAACAAAUUUACCUAUAGUGUCAAUGCAAUUAGAUUCUUCUAUUGCAAUAAAAAUAAGUAUGGGUGGAUCAAUGUUUCAAGAAAGAACAUUAAUGGGUCGUUCAGAUGUAUGGCACAAAAUUAAAAUUUUAAAAGGAACUGAGUAUGAUAAAGAAACAGUGUUAAAAGCUAUAUUAAAUGCUAUUGAACCAGCAGAAUUGAUCCCUGUGAAAUAUCAAAUCAAUGGAGAAGAUACUUUCUUUCUGGCUCGUAAUUGUGCCCAUGCUCUUGACAAACUAUGUAAAACUAAUUUAAUAAUCAAAAAUCCAGAAGGAGAUCCACUGAUCUUAAUCGUUACUUUAGGAUUUGCAUCCAUUCAUGAUCUAAAAAUUAAUCUUCAACUACUUUUGACUGCUUUGACCAAAAAAUACGAUCCUAAUAAAAAAACUCUGGACCUGGAAGAAUUUCAUAAAGAUUCUGACAUGUCUAAAAUUGCUUAUUGCCCAUUAUCCCAACAGAGAACUUUUAAUCAUGUUUUAAAAUUAACAAAGACUGCAAUUGCCACAGUAGAACAUUUAAAUCUUCAGAAAAAUGAAUUGUUCAAUUUAACUCCUAUAGAAACUUCUAGUUUGACUUCCAUAAAGUAUUUGGACUUGAGAUACAAUAACUUAAUUGCUAUGGAAGCACUUACCCCUUUAAAAAAUCUCUGCAUACUGAAAUUAUGGCUAGAUGGAAAUCCUUUGUGUGAAAAUUAUUAUACUUCAAAGCAAUACAUAGAUUCUGCAAUGAAAUAUUGUCCUAAUUUAAUUCAGUUGGAUGGAGUUUAUAUUAAAACAUCUGGUUUACCAUUGACAUAUAUUAAUUACUUUAAAAAUGAAUCCAGAGAAGAAUUAGUUAGCAAAUUUAUUAACCAUUUUUUCAAUCUGUAUGAUCAAAGUGAUAGAACAGUUUUAAGAGGAUUAUAUUAUAAAAAUGCAUUUUAUUCCAUGAGUUUUGGAAUUCCAUUAUCUAUGGCUCAUAAAAAAAAUUUAAUUCAAUUUACAGCAAAUAGAAAUUUAUUAAAAACUGCAGACCUAAAUAAGAAACGACAACAUCUUUAUUAUGGACAGGAUAAUAUUUUAGGUGGUUUAAAAAGAUUACCACGAUCCUAUCAUGACAGAAAAUCUUUUGUAUACGACUUGAUAUUCGACGAUAACAGAUGUUUAGUAAUCUCGGUUUGUGGAUUAUUUAAAAUUAUGAAUAAUUCGUCACAAGUUCUAUGGUUUAAUAGAACAUUCGUUCUCCAAGCUGGUCCUGAUCAUGAAUACAAUAUCAUAAAUGAUCAAUACUACGUAAAUGCUACUACAGAAGAAAUAUCGCCAAAUAGUAUAGAAACAAAAAUUUCUUACGACGAAAUCGUACCAUCUUGCUUUAGCUCGAGCGAGAAAAAGGAAUUAUUGAACAAAUUUACAGAAAUAACUUCAUUAAACAAAGAUUGGUGUCAAACGUAUUUGGAAGAAGCUAAAUGGAAUAUAAGAAAAGCGAUUUCAAAUUUUAUGAAGGAUUAUAAAUCUUCGGCUAUUCCUGCUGAAGCAUUUUCAAGAUAGUAUUGCUUGUUAGGUUAACAAUGAAACUGUAAAUAUUAUGGAAAAUAUAUUAAUUUA